AUGCUGCUCAUCGUUCUACUAAUAACGCUGGUUCCUGUGCGUGGAGAUGAAGAGGGUAAGGAAACUUUUAAUUAUCUAUAUACAUAGAUAUAUAUUCCAAACACUGACAUGUUUGGCUGUGCCUAGUUCCCAUACAAUUGUAUUGACCUGAGGUGAAUUUAUCAAAAGCAACGUAUGUUUGCCAACCUAUCUUCAAAAUAUAUAAAUGCUUUACAAGAAACACAGUCAAACUUGCUUGUUUUAUUCCUCCAGAGCAGUUGAUGAAGUUUUCGAACUGAGUUUCCAAUUCUUACUGAUUAACUUUUCGACGAGUUUUGCAAAACUUAGGACCAAGGGGUAAUACUUCAAGUGAUGUUUUGUCAAAUAUCAUAUAAGAGUGGUUGUGUACGUACCGAGCUGGAUCUUUCGUAAACCGUGACUGGGGUUUCAACUCGCGUAAGCCUCUAAGAAGCGCUGAACUUUUUGUCUCUCCACGUCUUCUUUCUAUAAACUAAGUGUAUAUGUCGAAUUUCCGUCUUUCGUCAUCUGUCGGGAUAUCUAGGACGGCAGUGCGUUGACACACAUGACGAUAAAGUUCCUCUAUCUUUACGAGGGAACUCCCCGUAUCAUGCGAUAGCCAAGUGAUUAGCAGAGAAGCUCGAGGCCAUACAACCUCAGCUGGCACCACGCAGCUAUCGAGAUACCUUUCAUUUCAUUGACGACAUUAAAGACCUGAACAUUAACGGCAUGAUGAUGUUCUUAAUAGACGUUGCAUCACUUUUUAUAAACGUCCCGGCCACCGAGACAGUUGAUUCCAUCUGUAAUUUUCUAUCUGCCAGUCAGCAAGAAAUAGGAAUAUCGACGAACAAACUCAAGGAAUUAUUAUUAAGGUGCACAUUAAAUGUGCAGUUUCUUUUUGACAACCAACUCUAUAGACAAAUAAACGGCGUUGCUAUGGGCUCGCCUCUUGGACCUCUCUUAGCCGACGUCCUCAUAGGCAAGCUGGAGAGAUUUCAACUAAGCGAUCAGAUCGAAAAGCUUAAACAUUACGGCCGCUACGUUGAUGAUAUCUUUGCGAUUGCAACCACAGUAACCGGCGUUGCUGCCCUCCUGAUUGCUGUAAACCGAACACAUCCGUCGAUCAAAUUCACGUUGGAGAUGGAAUCGGCCGGUUCGCUUCCUUUCUUAGAUAUCCCUCUAAAUAGGAGAUCUGACGGUAGCAUCCGAAAAAGCGUCUAUCGGAAGAAAACCUGGUCUGGACAUUACACGAACUUCGCUAGUUUCGUAUCUCUCCAACAAAAACGACAUCUAGUCAGGUGUUUGGCACAAGGAACUAGAAAAAUUUGUUAAGCAGAUAGUAUCGGGGAGGAACUUAGAAAAAUCCAGGACUUGCUUCACGAAAACGGGUAUUCUGACAGGUUUAUUGCACAGAACCUUGCCGAACGACCCGCAAAACCCACCACACUGACCGCCGAAAAGAAAACGCUGUUCCUCAAAGUCCCUUUCCAAGGAGACGCUGCGAGUGGACUCCUAAAGAGACGCCUUGACCAAGCUGUCUCGGGAACCUUCCCAGUAGCAAGGGUUCGCAUAUCAUUCUCUACUAACUCUAUUUUACGCGGAGAGGGCAAAGAUAGGCUGGCACCUCAGACCGCCUCAAUGUGCAUCUUCUCAUUCACUUGCUUCUGUGGAGCAGGUGAUAUUGGUCGUACGAGUCGGCGUCUUUCCAAAAGAAUACGAGAGCACCUUCCCACAUGGCUGGCAAAAGGUGAAACUAGGAGAGUAGACAGCGCCAUCCUUGCGCAUGCAGUGAAUUCAGGGCAUCGUGUAGACUCCGCUGAAGCAUUUCGUUUGAUUUAUGAGGUCCCCUCGAACCACUCUAAGCUACUGGGCCAACGUUUGUUAGUAACAAGAGAAGCGGCCGCCAUCAAGUUACGAAAACCGACCCUAUGUGCCCAGAAGGACCUCGUUCAGUCUCCGCGCCUACCGUGGUCAAAGGUUGACUAACCACAUACGACUUUUUGCGCCCUUCCGCUCUUUCCUAGCCUAUAUUUUAAAAACUAACUUUUAUCGAUUUUUCCACUCGCUGUACCCCGUCCCAUGUAACUGUACUGGCCUGACAAGAAGUUAUCGGAAGCAACGCUCGCUCGCCAUUUUGCCUUCCGAAUAUAGCUAUGAGGAUUUUCACAACUCUGAAAUCAGAGGAAUAGUUUAUCUGAGGAAAGGGAACUGCUCACUGGAUCGAGGAAACUGUUUGGUUGACGUUUCGAAGAGCUUGGGCGGCUCUCCAUUAUCAAGACGUCUAGUGCGAAAAUCGAUCAGAAUUUUGAAUAAACAGCCGAAUGUGUUGGCCUUGGGCUGAUCGAUUUUUCUUCUUCUUUCGCUGUGUUGGCCUACUGGCCGUCGUUUGUUAGUGUUGGUGACCUCCUGUGUUAUGUGUCGUCACCUCAACUGGGGUUAGUUGCGUUUGUGUCUCCUGUUUGGGUGAACUGGUCCACAGGCCGUGUUGGCUCGACAUUCUUCAGCUCCGUAUGACCGUCUUGUCCCCGUCAUGGCGUAUAUAAUGACGUACGACCUUAUAGGCCGCAGGGAGGUCUAGAUGCCUGUUGAUGGAGUUGGCAUCUGAGUACCAAGCCUCAAGUGUGAGACGUUCUGUCCUUGAGGUGCCCCGGCCUAAGACGACUGCUCUUUGAAAGUCAAAACUGUGGCCCGUUUCUCGAAUGUGAGUCGCAACCUGAGUUUGCGUCUAGGACGAGGCAACGAAAGAUGAAAAAAUCGAUCAGCCAAAGGCCAACACAUUCGGAGUGCAUUCAAAAUUCUGAUCGAUUUUUGCACUAGAAGAUUUGAUAAUGGAUAGCCACCCAAGCUCUUCGGAACGUCAGCCAAACAAGUUCCCCCCAUCGGGUGAGCUGUUUCCUUUCGUCGGAUUACCGACACGGAUCUCUUACGUUUGCUAGCCUGAGGAAUAGUUUAGUUUUGUAUUGGGGUUGUUGUUGAGAUUAGCACACGGGAAUAUUUUGCCCCUCUCCCCCGGAAUUAUGGGCAGGUUCGCCUUUAUUAUUUGGGCGGGACCUUCCUAUUUCCAUGGCCCGUUUUAGGGAGCACAUAAGUCAGUCCCUCCCGCAUGCUUCGGAGAAGAGUAGGUAUGCAUAUAUCCCGUUUCGCCGCGGAGAUACCCCCAGAUUAGAUAUUUCUGCACUAAGCCCAUUUCCGGAUUUUAAAACCCAUCUAGCAAAACCUCAAUUGCGUCAGUUGUCUCACUAAUGCGAGGGCCUGUGUCUUUGGCCGUUUCAUUCCAGCUGUCUUCGAUAGAUGCAAUGCACCCCUCGAGAAGAAGCCUUGCAGAGCAUUCUACAAACGAUACACAUACGACUCUCUGAUUGGCAAGUGCAUUCAACUAUCCGUCGGCCUCUGCGGUCGAACCGGCAAUGAUUUUAGCACGGAAGAACAAUGUGAGAGCGCAACCGCGGUAUGCAAAACCAGAGGUAAGUCAAUCGAAGGCUUCUCACUUCUUAUCUCUGUCGACAACCCUGUCACUCCUAGAGGAAGUCAGAAUGCGUGCACACUGUCUUCAGUUACAAAGCAUGCUCAUUACUUUUUCAUGGAACUGCUCGACCGUUCUUGAGAAAGUCCCCUUGCAUGGACUGAACACUGGUUCCUCCAAGGUAUUUGGGACGUCCUCAGGCAAGGCUGGGGUAUGUAACCGUCCACCCUCCCCCCUGUGUGAUUGUUGCCUGGCAGUAUGUCGCGAAAGGGGUUAUGCGAGAAGCAGAUUUCGACCUCCAAAAGCGUUGUCGAUAUUAAAGUUGCCCGUUUAGGGCUCAAGGUAAGGGUUUAAACAACGGUUGAAAUUGGUGUCAGUUGGGUUAUUCUUGGAUAUAGGGUUUCCGGGCUUGGUGUAUGCUUUGAAUUUGGGACGGAGGCUAGGCUUGGGGUUUUAGGGGUUGGCUUAUGACUACGGUGACGGCCGACUUUUCCUUAAGUGCUUACAGGUCGGAGAUUUCCCACCGAGGGCAGGGCCAUGGUUGGCGUUAGAUUCGUAGCUAACUACGGUCGCCCCUAGGGGGUUACAUACUAUACCCUUGCCGGCCCUCAGUGUCGUCAGUGGAUGGAGAGUAGGUUUGGCGUUCAGUUUGGCAGAAGGGCAGUUGGUGUAUACUAGGUCCCAUUGAGAACUAGCACUGACCAGAAGACUUCCGGCACAAAAUUAUGCCGCACCUCCGGCUCAGAGCAAGGCCCAUAAGGAAUCUGGUUUGUGUGUUUGCUGCAGCUCACCGCUAAGUCACUGGGCGUCUUAGUGGGUGCGAGCAGUUGCUGUCCGUCUCGCAAUCCCUGCGUAUGUUCCAACUGAUCCGCCUACGUCAGGGAAGAGCUAGUAUGAGAAACCCAUUUUAUCUUACUCUCUCCUCCUCACCAACCUGGGCCAGGUGCCAAGACAGAGUCAAGAACACCGGAGGGGGGAGAGAGCGUAGGUGGCUGACACAGCCGGAUCCACAUCUAGGCGUACCACCACACCUCAUGGUCCACGUUGGAAACUUGACCAGAAUUGUAAACGACAACAGAUAUGGGGGUGGGCGGCGGCAGGAAUCCCAACUGGCUCGUAGUGGGCCUAACACCACAGCCCGAAUUUUGGCAUUAGUUAUGGGCGCGCAUUCCCGAUAACGCCCGCCGGAUUCCCAUCUAUCCCCUAUGUCCACAUGCGUAUGUUCCAACUGACCCGCCUAGGGCAGGGAAGAGCACGUAUACGCAUCCCCCACCUUGGUCAAGCAGACCCCUCAAACAAGAUAAGUAUUCCUUAAUCACAAUUCCUGAACUCAAAGCCACAUAGUAUAACCUUGUCCACGUUUAUAUGCGAGCUCCUGCCUACCUGCCUUUAACUGUCAUGUUCCAGCUGCCUCCGAUUUAUGCCGCUUGCCGAUGAUUGUUGGGCCUUGCAGAGCACGGCACACACGAUACGGAUUCGACACCCGAGUCGGCACCUGUACGGAGUUCAUAUACGGUGGUUGUGACCAAAAUCGAAACAAUUUUCACACGAAAGAAGAAUGUGAAGAGGCGACUGCACAUUGCCCAAUCGAAGUUCACACAACGGAAACCCUUCCAGGUUGGCAAUUUAAACCCAUACAGCCUGUGUUAAUUUGUCUAAUAUAAGAGUGCCUGCUAUCAUGCCAAGCAUGUUUCAAGGUCGCGAACAAGAAGCCUUUGUGUUGUUUUCGAUAGUGGCGAUUCUCCCGCAAAUACUACCUGGACAUUUAAACUCACCCAGUCUUGCUCUAUUUGUAUCAAUUGCCUAACUAUGCGUGGGCUUACUCACCACAUUCUAGCUCCACAGGACAUAUGCAAUAUUCCAAUCGAAGAGGGGCCUUGCUCAGAUCUCAUCAAACGAUACGGAUACGACAGCGAGACUGGCAAAUGCACAGAUUUCUACUACGGCGGUUGCGGUGGAAAUGCAAACAAUUUUGAGAAGGAAGCAGAUUGCGAAAGGGCAGCCAUGACCUGCCCAGAUGAACGUAAGUCAAGCAAGUAUUUCACAUCUUGAUGCGUACACCACCGGUCAAGCUGUUAUUUCGUGCGGGAGUCUGGCAUAUGGCCGCCCGAUUGAGAGAGUCCUCUGGGCGAGAAACAAAUCGGAUAGCGACAUCCUCGUGAGAGGCGCCAUUGAAGGUCAACUCUAGGUCAUUGCCAUAGCCACCGUCAACCAGGUAGAGACUGGUGGAGGACGGGCAACCGAAUCUUGAUAAUCGCGGUGUGAGGUGUACCUUUAUUACUUUCGAACAGACCAUUCUGCCGUACAGGCUUAUCUGUAGGAAUAGAAGUCCGUGCAAGUAGCGUGUAUCGGUCUGCUCCUCUCCUCUUAUUGGACGAAUAAGUGGGAUAAAUGAAUUUUCCUGUCGACUUGUCUACAUACUGAACUUGGACGUUUUUAAAUGUGUAAAACAAGUCAAGGGAAAUUUGCGUGUUCUAAACGACGGCACAAAUGCCUGCAUGUUCAUCGCAGAACCUUGAUGUGAGGCUUCUUUGACUUCAGCAUCUAGGCAGUAUUAUCUUAAGACAUGCAUAUCAAAAUAACUUCUAUCAGUAGUCUGAGGCAACGCUUCAUUACUGUACAGUGGCUAACAUAUUUCAUGAAGUGACAUCAGGAAUUGUAGAGUGCGUUUCCAAUCAGAAAGUAUUGCUUAGGCAGAGUCCUAGUGUUGAUUAUUUUACAGGGUAGUCCAAAGAUAUUUCAAUCAUGACAGGCUACCGGCUUUUGAGUAAGAUUCUUUCAGACCGCCCGCAGCGUCACACUUGGUGAAAAAGGGCUAAGUAAGUAGUGUAAAUAUUUUCUUUUGGUUUCCGAUGUCCCUAUAAAUUUACUUAUGUUUUAUAGAAUACACGCAUAAAAAUACUCCUCCUUGUACUAGUUCUGUAGCAAAUAACAUCCUCAAAUUUUAUACUUGAAGAAAAGGCAUCCGUUUGUUUUAGAAACUUCCAAUGCCCGGAUAAUUUUUAACCCGACCAGCGGCUGCACUUGCGUCUAGGGUUUCCCGACUACAUGCUCUGUAAUUUCCGUGUAAAAAAUAAAAGAUUUCGCCAAGUUAUUAAUAAGACGCCACAGAGGACUCGUUAAUUUUUGACUUGGAUACGGACUAUGCUAUAUAUUUCAUAGACAGCGCUGAUAAAGGACUGAUACGAUACUGUACGAAUCGAUGCUUUAGAUUUUUGAAAAUCUGGUAUUCACAGACUCUUUAAAAUUGAAAGAUAUCUUUUCUUCAAAUACGAAUGAGUACAGGGAAUAGUAUUUUGGUAUGUUUUUGCAAAAUAUAUUCCACUUAAUAAGGACAUGACAAAUCAAUUUGGAACAUUAAUAGCAUGGUAGGGAGCGCUUACCGAUCGUUCUUACGGAACUCACUCGUUCCGUUUUGCCUUUUGGACUCUCUCUCUCUCGAGUCCAACCAGCAGCCGCACAGCGAGGCAUGGUAUAGCAGAAUCAUAUUGCCGACAAAUUAGUACUGCAUAAGUAGUCAUUUUUUACCGAGUGUCAAUCCCCAGACGGCCGUCAAAAGUGCUCUCAAAAUCCAACUGAAAUAGUUAGGGAUUGUGCUGCAUGAAAAUUAAUUUUACGGCUCCGCUCAAGUAAUCAUAAAUCAUUUCAGCGUCUUGAUUGAUGAGGUAGACCAAUAGGUGUACAUUUGUAUUUACCUCAUUUCUUGUUGGUUGAGGCGUUACAUGCGGUAUUCAACGCCAGUUUCCAGUACUCUGUCCACUUUACAUUAAGUGGGCUAACUCAUAAAAUGUCAACUGAAAUUCCGAAAUGCGUUUUAGUUUCCAAAAGUUUAAUUAGGUUGGUUUGUAAAACUUAUCAGUCUGCAGUAUAAUUAUUUAAUAAUUCAGUUAUUCUAGGAUGCCGGCUUUCGAAAUACCUUCCUUCCGGCUACAUGCAAAAACUAUACUCUGUAAAUAUGACCACCUACGUAGCACGAAUUUUUCUCAUUGAUUUUUGAUGCCCUUAAAAAUUCAAUUGCAUAUUAUGGAAAACCUGCAUACAAAUAUUAAUUCUUUCAUUUAUUCAAUGGAAAUUACAUCUUCUUUUAAUUUUAGACUCAAAGGAGGGACAUAAUUCAGUUUUAAAAAAGUUUCUAAUUGUGGGACUUUUAAAUACCGUGAAAUGGCUGUUCAUAAAUCGUCAUAUCUCUACCUUUACCAAUGUGGCUUGUAAAGUUAGCAAUAUGGAUCAAAUCCAUGGCUUAAUUUUAUGAACCCUAUAUGGUUCCCCUUUAUUACCGUAGAGAAAUGUGUGGUUUUUCGUACGCGGAAAAUAUGCGACUUGUAAUUUGGAAACCGUGAAUCAAAGUGUGAUGGUAGAGCGGGUUCGAAAUUAUUCGGGAAUUGGAAAACUUUUUUAAAACUGAAUUAUGCCCCUUCUUCGAGCAUAAAAUUAGAAGAAGACGUAAUAAUCUACCGAAUGCGCAACGAAUGAAUGUUUUCAUCAAUGUUUUUCAUGAAAUAAAGGUGGACCUUUAGGGGCAUCGAAAAUCAAUGAGAACUACUCAUACUACAUAAGUAGUUAUUUUUACAGAGUUUAGAUUUGCAUGCAGCCGGAAGGAAGCUCAUUCAAAAGCCGGCAUCAUUCGUUGCUCAUUCGGUAGAUUAUUACGUCUUCUUCUAAUUUUAUGCUCGAAGGAGGGGUAUAAUUCGGUUUUAAAAAAGUUUUCCAAUUCCCGAAUAAUUUUGAACUCGCUCUACCACAACACUCUGAUUCACGGUUUCCAAACUACAAGUCGUAUAUUUUCCGCCUACGGAAAACCAUACAUUUCAUUACGGUAUUAAAGGGAGACCAUAUGGGGUUCAUAAAUUUGAGCAUUAGAUUUGAUCCAUAUUGCUAACUUUACAAGCCACAUUGGCAAAUGCAAAGACAUGACGUUUUAUAAACAGCCAUUUCACGCGGCUAGAUCGCAGUUGGUUUCCAGGCCCUGUAUUACAGGUGGCUUGGGGAUUUGCUUACUGGAGCUAUUUUGUGGGAUCCCAUAAUCACAUCUGACCCAUUUUGCUUCCCUUUUAAUUUUGAGGUAAGGAUUAAGUUACGGGUUAAUGGUUUUCGAUUUUCGGGUUAGGGUUAUGUAUUUAGGCUUAGGUGUUCAGGUUACGGUUAGGGUUUGAGCGUAUGCUUAGGUUUCAGUAUUACGGUUAGGUUUUUCAGUUACGGUUAUGUCUAAGGGCUACGGCUACGUUUACGAUUUCGGUUAGGGUCAGGGUAAGGUUUGCCGUUAGGGUUAACGGUUAACGUUUAAUGUUGAGGUUAGGGUUAGGUUUAAGGUUAGGAUCAGGGUUAAGGUCGCCAUCCGCUUCCUCAUUCCUGGCUACCAACUGCGAUCUAACCUUUCACGCUACUAAAUAGCCUUGCAGUUAGAAACUCCUUCAAAACCGAAUAAUACUUUUUCUUCGAGUAGAAAACUGGAAGAAGACACAAUUUUCUACCGAAUGAGAAAAUGAAUGAAUAUUUUUCUGCAUGUUUUCUAUGAAAUCGAAAAUCAGUGAGAAAAAUCUAUGCUACCCAAGAAGCCAUUUUUAUAGAGUGUAAUUUCUGCAUGCAGCCGGAAGGAUAUUCAUUCGAAAGCCGGCAUCCUAAGGUAACUGAAAUAUUUUAGAAUUAUGCUGUAGGCUGACUUGUUCUACAACCCUACCAAGCUAAUAUUUUCGAAACGAAAACGCAUUUUGGAAUUUCGUUUGACAUUUCAUGAGUUGGCCCACCCGCUGUAGGUUUUCGACUGGUUCCUCCGUAAUUUGAGAGCACAUGCUCACCUAGGUUACUUUGACAAAUGAAGCCAUCGGCACGGGCAUUUUUCCUUCCCUUUAAACACCGCAACUUCUAAAAAAAUUGGCUCCACUGCUAGCACUAGCUCUGCUGUCUUGCUUUUCAGACUCCUCUAACGACCGCACUAUCACGAACUUGUUAGAAAAUUAACGUACAGAUUCCCUCUAACCAAAAUAUUCAUGCCCGCCGGCCAAAUGCCUAAGUUGGAUCUCCGCAUCUUCAGUCUGGUGGUUUGAUUGAAUCUAUAAGUUCCCCCAUCGGAAGGUGUUCCAUCUCAUUAAUUUUAAACCGAAAUUCUGAGAUGAAUUCUCUAUUCGAAAAGACUACUUAAGUAGGGUUGACAUGUUGGUUAUUUUGUCACAGAAUACUAGCUAGCUUAGUCAUGUCAGGACUCCGGCUUUUGAACCAGCUCCUAAUCGACCGCCUUGCAUGAGCCAUGCUCCAUAAAAGUGACUGCAUAAGUAGUAGGACUUUUCUCACCGAUUUUCGAAGUCCUUAAAAAUACAAGUACAUUUUACAGAAAUCAUGCACAAAAAUAUCCUUUCUUCCAGUCACUUGAUAGCAAAUUAACGGUUGAGACCGUUUAGCGAUUGCAGCGGAGCAAAGCACAUGCGCACCCAGUUGCCGUUGACCGCGCACUUCCUUCCGAACUAAUGUGAGGAUCGAUCGAUUACCUUGCCAAGCCAUAUGCCUUCUCGUGACGCAGAUCGCUCAAAUGAGAUAUUUCCCCCGAUCCACUGUAGUCGCAUACAUGAAUCUCUUAACAUCACUUUCGUGGCCUUUUAUGCCAUUGUCUCCUUAUCUGACUUAAACUGUUCUAUUUCAGUUGGUUCGGACAUUUGUCACAUGACCUUCGAGAUGGGAAAUUGCGAAGAUUACGACGAGAGGUACGGAUAUGAUUCUCAGCUGGGCACUUGCAAGACAUACUUAUACAGCGGAUGCGGCGGAAAUGCAAACAAUUUCCUCACGCUGGAGGAAUGUGAGAACGCAACUAGGAAAUGUGUGGAUGAAGGUAGACCAAUCAAGUACUCCUCUCACUUGCAUAUGUCGACCACGCUGAUAUUUCGACUUUGUUUUAAAUCGCAGCACACGGUAGUCCGAUGUAAUUCUUCGGUUUGGCCAGUUAUGGACAAAUCGUCUCGCCUAGAAUAAUUAUUUCUCUGAUGCAUGAAUAAACAAAUCGUUAUACAUUCUGCGUGGCCCGUGUUCCAGCUGUUUAGAAUCAAUUUUUUUUACUUUAGGUUUCGGUUUCCGUUUGAAAGGCAGACGUAAGUUUUAAUUUCCGGUACUACAUCUCCCUCUCUUUUUUCAUCCCAAGUUAAUCUUACGCGUUUGAUUCCCUCUGAUCGUCAGAGCUAACCUUCAGUGCAGGCAGUUGAUAUGCAAUCUAUUUCGUCGUCAUGUAUUCAACCUAGCCCUCCAAUCACCAAGCUAAUGUCGAUCUUUCUCAUUUUACCUUCUCCAACCAACCAUCACCCCGCAUGUUGAUUUACGACAAGGCGAUCCUACAUAAAUCAUGCGGAAGAAGAUACGCCUGCAGGUGCUCGGAGUGUUUCUACGCUGGCUGCGGGGGGAGGGAACGUUUGCUUUAUAAAUACCUUGAACUUAUAUGCUCUUUGUAAUGAAUGACUACUUGCCAGAAAUUUCUGUGAAUACACUCUGCUGGUGGACACUGGUUUUUUUAAAGACCGACGGUUCAGAACUUACGCUUGCUAGUUUAUUCUCCGUUUAAAAAGUCAAUUUGGCAAACAUUUGCUUUCGGUAACUCGUCGUCAGGCCAAAACUGUUGCAUAGAAGCUGAAAAUAUACGAACUUCACAGGGCUUAUAAGGGAUUCAUGGGGCUAUUAACACUCAUCGUUCCCACGCCACCCGCAUAGCGAGCCGUGUUAUGGCGUGGUCGGCGUGUUAUGGUCAUUGGGUCAAGGAGCGAGGGGGAGGGGUGACAUAGGCUGUGAAUGAUGAUUGUAAGUCGGGUACACCGAGCUCACACCACUGUCAUCAGGAGGUUGGGGCGACGUGCAGUCAUCAUCUGGGGUCGGCGUUGGACACGGAAGAUAGAGCCCCUGUGUCAACUUCUUCUGACAACCUAGCACUGGAUUGGCUAGCCGUAUAGCCACUGCCUCCGUUUGUGUAGUCAAGAGGAGUAUAUGCGUGUGCCGGUAAGUGUGGUGUUUGAUUACUACUGUGGUGAAAAAUUUGGUGGGAACGCAUUUAUCCGGCAAGCUGUCAACGGAGAAGCUGCAAGUGAAAUCCCGUUCAACAGUCUGAUUCAAACAUUUAGCGUCGGGUGGAUCUCGCAAGGGUAUUUCACGAUGAUUUCAUCCACUUCGUAAAGCAUACACUAGUCCGAAACAAGUAUUUUGUCCCAUAAGAGAGGAGGGGGGGGGAUAGCGCGAUAAAAACGUGGAGACAGUUGAAAUCGACUCGUUCUUUGAAGAUUUAGGAUAUGACCAAGGGCCUGAACCACACUUGCCUGUUUGGGGGGUCCAAAGUUAGAAAACCUUCGCCCAAGUUGAGGCCUGCGUCCAGUCAUUGUUCCCUGCCAAGCCUAAUGAUCAGUAGACCCGCCCAAGCUUCAAACAUAAGAGUAAGUCAAAGAUGUGGCAAAGGUACCACAAUCGCACACCAGAUCUCCAGCAGCUCGUAACCUGAUUUUAGGUCAUUCGAGUGCGGAUCGGAACAGAAAAGAACUUCAAGGAUAUAGUCCCAACCGUGUCCCUCUCGCUUUAAACGCAAAGGUCAUGUGAAACGACGUCGGUGGAAGGGGGAGGCGAUGCCCAUGUCUGAAAUACGUGACUAAUCAGACGGUCGGGAAAGUGAACUCGGCGUCCACCGCGGGCGACAAUAAAGUGGGAAGAACAGGAGGAGAGACUUGGAUGCGAGCACCAAUGAAAGACUUGGUGUGGGGAGGAUGAAAUUGCAGUUGGAGGCAGCAGGCACGGAGACACGAAGUAUCGUACUGUAUGCGGAACGUCUUCACAUACCGAGAGAAAGCCCGAAAAACCCGUCGUGGGGUCGCUCCAGAAGCCGGCGGACUUGACCGCAGCGGGGGGAGGAGAACGUGGCAACGUAUCAAAAAAUUUCUUUCAAUAGAGGACGCGAUGACGGUUGACCACCAUGAAGCUGCGAAGAGUGUUCGCACAGACUAGCGGAGACGCUGCAGGAGGUUGGUUCUAUCUUCGUCCCCAACCCUGAGAGUGUGGUGGAGUAACGCGCCGGAAAGUCGUGCGGUCGCACGAAAUACAAGUUUGUCAGUGGAACAGGCAAUGUCCGGCUCCGGUGCCGAGCGGAUGUCAACAGAACCAGGACAGGGCGGCCAAUCCAAUUCCCCGACCUUCUAUGACGUGUAGGAAGGUCUUCAGCUGGCAGCGAGGCCGUUCGACCAUCCCGUUGGCAGCCGGGUGGCAAGCCUUCGUCCGGAUCCGCGUAA